CGCGAGCCGAGCGCGUCCUAAUCGUAGAAGCGGCGACACCCCUUGGACGAAAGAGAGAGAAAGAGAGAGAGAGAGAGAAUGGCGGAGGAGGGACAGGUGUACGGCUGCCACACCGUGGAUGCGUGGAAGGAGCAAUUUCAGAAGGGGGUCGAAUCCAAGAAAUUGGUGGUGGUGGAUUUCACCGCUUCAUGGUGCGGGCCAUGCCGUCUCAUUGCCCCAAUUUUUGCUGAAAUGGCCAAGAAGAUGCCCCAUGUUUUGUUCCUGAAGGUGGAUGUGGAUGAAUUGCAGUCUGUUGCCACGGAGCAUUCUGUCGAGGCAAUGCCAACUUUUUUACUCUUGAAAGACGGCCAAAUUGUGGACAAGGUUGUGGGUGCAGACAAAGAACAGUUGCAGGCGUCGAUAAACAAGCACGCGACUGAUGCAGUUGCUGCUUGACUGUAUAUCUAGUACUUCGUGAAAAAAAUAAACCGGCUCCGAUGUUGGAUGCUUUGGAGUCUAUAUGGUUGGUGAGCUUUCCUGGAUAAGUGAUACACUGGUGUGUGAAGAACUGAGCUAUUUGCAGAUUUGAUGGUUGAUGUAACUUACGUCAAUUGGCAUCUAUGACAUCUUUAUUUCGUGGACUGGCCUAAAGUUUGGCUGCA